AUGUUGGCCUUCUUGCUUCUCGUUGCUGCAGCCUUAGCCUCUGCUCACCAUUCCGGUGAGCACUUCGAAGGCGAGAAGGUGUUCCGCGUCACUGUUGAAGAUGAAGAUCACAUCAACUUGCUCCAUGAGUUGGCCAGCAUCAGCCAGAUCGACUUCUGGAAACCGGAUUCUGUCGCCCAGAUCCAGCCUCACAGUACCGUUGACUUCCGCGUUAAGUCAGAAGAUGUUUCCACUGUGACAGACUUUCUGGAGCAAAAUGAACUACAAUAUGAGGUCUUAAUAAACAAUCUGAGAUCUACGCUGGAGGCUCAGUUCGACAGCCAGGUCCGUGCGGCCGGACACAGCUAUGAGAAGUACAACAACUGGGAAACGAUCGAGGCUUGGACCGAGCAAGUUGCCCGUGAGAAUCCAGACCUCGUCUCCCGCAGCUCCAUUGGCACCACUUUCGAAGGACGCACGAUGUACCUCCUCAAGGUUGGCAAACCUGGACCCAACAAGCCUGCCAUCUUCAUGGACUGCGGCUUCCAUGCCCGAGAGUGGAUCUCCCCGGCCUUCUGCCAGUGGUUUGUGAGAGAGGCUGUCCGCACCUACGGGCGUGAGAUCCACAUGACAGAAUUUCUCGAGAAGCUGGACUUCUACGUCUUGCCUGUGGUCAAUAUUGACGGCUACGUCUACACCUGGACCAAGAACCGAAUGUGGAGAAAGACCCGCUCCACCUACGCCGGAACGAAAUGCUUCGGCACAGACCCCAACAGAAACUUCGAUGCUGGUUGGUGCAAAAUUGGAGCCUCUCGAAGCCCCUGUGAUGAGACUUACUGUGGACCUUCUGCAGAGUCUGAAAAAGAGACCAAGGCCCUGGCUAAUUUCAUCCGCAAGAACCUGUCUUCCAUCAAAGCAUACCUGACCAUCCAUUCGUACUCCCAGAUGAUGCUGUAUCCUUACUCCUACGACUACAAACUCACGGAGGACAACGUUGAGUUGAACGCCCUGGCCAAAGCCACCGUGAAGGAGCUGGCCACCCUGCACGGCACCAAGUACACCUAUGGCCCGGGGGCCACCACGAUCUAUCCUGCUGCUGGAGGCUCUGACGACUGGGCUUAUGACCAAGGGAUCAAAUACUCCUUCACCUUCGAACUGCGGGACAAAGGCAGAUACGGCUUUGCCCUGCCCGAGUCCCAGAUCCGGCCGACCUGCGAGGAGACCAUGCUGGCCAUCAAGCACAUCGCCAGCUACGUGCUGCAGCACCCCUACUAG